AUGGUAGAAGCUGCCUCCCUCACCUGGUUUGGAAGAAACAUCGCGGCAGGGGCAUCGGAAGAAGUUGACGACGAUGGCAACGACAAUGGCACUCGACCUUCCUCUCGCGAUGAGUCUCAACCGUCUUUCUCUGUCGCUCGGCAAGAGCUGCAUACAAUGUCCCCCGCCGGGUCCGGAUCGCUUGGCCUGGUCCUACUUGCCCACACCACUCGCUGCAUCAUCACGAUUUCGUACUUCUGCAUCGACCUGGCCAACGCCAACCUUCGCCUUUUUUCUCUUUGGGCCAAGUCUUGUUUUCUCGCGGCUACUCUCAACUUCCAUUCCUUCACUCAGUCAAUCGCCAUCAUUGUUGCCUCUUCAAAGCACGCACUUGGAGCCAGCCAGGUAACUAUCACCAUCCUCAUUUGGGCCAUUCCCUACCUCAUUUUCCUCGAGUGCAUCCUGUAUUUUGCUGCACUCAUCAUUCUGCUGGAAAAAUGCGAGACCGUCUAUCUGCAUCUUCGUUCCUCCCGCUUCGGAACCGCAAUUCUCGGGGACCAAAGCACACCACGUCGCGCCCAACCAUCUCAGGACCUCUUGGGCCUGUCCAGCGUAGCAGCGGACCGGACCUUGAGCGUGCCGAAGCAAUCACCGUCGUUUCGAGCCUCAACGACACCGAAAAACAAUACUCAGACAUCUCCCAGCCGGCCUCAGACGCUGAUUCGGGAAGAGGCCGUUCGACUCUUGGCCCUACUCGACAAGGUGGUAUCCUCAAGACUUCCCAAGCAAGCAAAGCUUAUGGAGCCCUCGAGUCUGUCAAUCCCGACCAUCGAAAAUCCCAAGGAGAAACCAACCCGCCUCUUCAGCGGCAGGAUGUCCUAUCCGGUCGUGGAAGCUACCAACCAUAUCUCACUUCUCAAAGACAAGCUACUGUCAAAGAUCGUCGAGUAUUGGGGGAGAUUUCCCACGCCAACGCUGACAAUACGCGCAUUCCAUAUUCAGAUGAGCCCGCUCUUCCGCAGUGCGAGAGACUUCAUUCCCAAGAGAACCAGCUCAUAUCGCCUUCAGAAACAGCAGCCCAACUGCGGACCGUUGUCCAGCAAUCCAACUAUCGCCAGCUUCCCCGUCAUGGCCAUCAAAAAUACCACACACCUGCGAGGGCCGCCUCAUACAUCCGUGCCUCCCGAAAUCGAAAGAGGUGCGGAAGAGACGAUUGAAAGUUCUGGCGGAAACAGCCCUGAACUCGGAGGUCGUCGAAAGCAAUCAAGAUCGCCCAAAGGCGGAAUAGAGAAGCAGCGACUACCUAAAUCUCGCACUUUUACCGUUCUGUCCAACCUCACCGCCUCUCUCUCUAGAACAUCUCUAGCCAGCUUCACGGGAAGUGAUCGUAAGGCCUCUCUGCAGACAGUGGCAUCUCGCAAGACCAGCAGUUCUUCGACUCUUACAACUAGCAUUCCGACUAGAACCCCCACCCCCAUGUCUCCUGAGGUCAACCCACUCAUCAUUACGACAGCGCAGCCAUCGGCUUACUGGUCAGGUCGUUUCAUGUCUCUACAGGAUCGUUUCCAAGGCGAAUCCCUUCAAGAGCAGACUCUAUCAAUCUUUGUCACAGCCCACGCCUCCAAGGCCAGUAUUCUUGCGCAACAACGUGCCGCCUAUCAAGGCCGUGGCAACCUACCUCUCAGCACCACAACAGCCCUCGACCGCUACGGCACUGCCGCUAUCCAAGAAGCUAAGCGACUCUCGGACGAAGAUAAUUGCAGUCUCCGCAUCUUCCUCCACCUCCAAGCACUUUGCGGUACGCCCGAGGCCCAGAAAAGCUUGCACGCAUGGCAAGAGGCGUAUGCCCGAAGAAUGGGACGCAGCAAGCUCCUGCCAGAAGGCAUGAACUCGGACAGGGGGUUCGUUGCGCGGCUCUUUAGUGGAAGCGGAGGUGGAAGACGGAGCUUCGGCAGCUCCCAGUUGGAGAGAGAAGCUGGUAAAGGCAAGCAAGGCAACGCCAUGCGAGCAAGCAUUAUGUGA